AUGGAGGAAUAUCAAGCUAACGGGAUUGAGUUCAACCCUCAGUUUCAGCCCCAGUACGAGGUUCAGAAUACGUUUGAGAACGGACAGUCGGGUUCGGAAGCCAGUGAAAACGCGGCGCAAACCGGAGCCCAAAAGGACGGUACAGCGGGCUCGCGGGCUGCACCAGCCCACUCCGACCAAAAUAGGGACGAAAGGCCCCGCACCAAGCGUACCAGGGCAACUGGUGAAGCACUCAAUAUUUUGAAGCGCGAAUUUGAAGAAAACCCAAACCCUAAUGCACAAAACAGGAAGCGAAUCUCAGAGCUCACAGGGCUGCCCGAAAAAAAUGUCAGAAUAUGGUUCCAGAAUAGGCGCGCCAAACACCGUAAAACGGAUCGUAUUGCCAAGCCCACAGCCGUGGAGACAAGCGUGCCUGGCAACUCAUACCUUGCUUCAGACUUCGACCGAAUUCCCCUCGAUAUUAACCCCAACUAUUGUUUCAUUGAUGUUAAGUCGUUGACAGUUGGUAGCUGGAAACGUUUGAAGAGUGGGAACUUAAAAGCAGACGACCUUAGUACCAUAAAACGCCUGUCUAACCUCUCCCCCAUUUCGAUCAAUGAGAUAAUGGCAAACGCGACUGAUCUAAUGGUAUUAAUUUCAAAGAAAAACCAUGAAAUAAACUACUUUUUCAGCGCCAUAGCGAACAACACCAAAAUACUGUUUCGCAUUUUCUUUCCUAUUGCGACCGUUGUCGACUGCUCACUUACAGUCGCCCCCGAGUCGCUUCAAAACGAGGACCCGGCAACGGAAGACGCAGUACGAGCUGAGCAAGACAAGGUCUGCGAGCUGCGACUCAAUGUAUCGAAAGCCCCAACGUUUGCUGUUUACUUUUCUGAUGGUGCUGAUCAGUUUUCUGCUAAUCAGUGGUCCAUUUGCGAAGACUUUUCUGAAGAGAGACAAGUCAGUGAAGCUUACACAGGGGGCUCCAAUAUUCCACACAUUAUAACCGGUUUGGGAAAUUCGUUGAAUUUCAUGAAUUCAACGAUACAAGACCAUAAUAGCGGAAACAGCGUUCUAUCGCAUACCUCACACUCGGGUUCGCAAGGAUCUGUGAAUGUUUCCGACGCACAAAAUUUAAUUCUCCAUCCAGAGCCGCAGUCGCUAGGUCCUCGGCAACAGCCAUUUUUCGAUGAUUUUAACGAGCAUGAAGAGCUCUAUGGAAUGGGGGAACAAAAUACUUCACAGUUUGCGCAUUCUAAUGCAAAUCAAACACAUCCUUUCACUCAGCAUGCGGCACCAGCAGCUGGCAACGAUCACGGAUCGCCACAGUAUACAGAAUCUGGUGUGCCUAGGACACCAGACUUUCUGAGGUCGCAUGCGGAAAUGGGUAACGAGGAGCAGAGCGGUCUCAACAACUUAUUGAUUUUUGAAGAUCAGAAUAAUAACAACACCAAGAACGGUCAAAGCUACUUUUAG